GUCGACGAGAGUCAACAAAGGUCGUGACAGUAGGGAGACAGCCUCAUUCGUGUCUCUGAUCAGCUGCAUCCAACCUGCUGCCACUUCUUCUUCUUCCUUGAUCAUGUCAGACCAAGGGGACGCAGAUUACCAGCCCGCCCCUCCCUUGGACAGGGACUAUGACCGGCAGAGCGACCAGAAUACCAACGGACACACAAGUCCCCUGCCCGCAGCGCAGUCGCAAGAGUUUACGCCAGCAGUCGCACCCCAAGUGCCCGCUACCAACAUCAUCAAGCGCAAACUGACUGGCUUUGUCGGCUUUGCCAACCUUCCAAACCAAUGGCAUCGCAAGUCUGUGCGCAAGGGCUUCCAGUUCACCAUGAUGCUUGUUGGUGAAUCGGGUUUGGGCAAGUCUACCAUGGUUAAUACUUUGCUCAACAGUGCUACCUAUGGCCCGAAAGACUAUCUGAUUGGUCAGGAGAAGCCAGAGAAGACUGUUGCUACAAAGAGCAAGACCGCCGUUGUGCAGGAAGAUGGCGUCAGCCUGGAAUUGACGGUGGUUGAUACGCCGGGCUUCGGAGAUUUCAUCAACAACGAAGACUCCUGGAAGCCUAUUCUUGACCGUAUUGAAAAGGGCUACGAUGCCUUCCUUGAAGCAGAGAAUGGCGCUAAUCGUCGCGAGAUCAAGGACGAGCGAGUGCAUGCUUGCAUAUUUUUCGUUGAUCCCACCGGCCAUUCCCUCAAACCCCUGGAGAUUGAAUUCAUGCGGCGCUUGCAUCACCGUGUCAACCUGAUUCCCGUUAUUGCAAAGGCCGACACAUUGACUGAGGAGGAGAUUGCGACAACCAAAGCCCGGAUUCUGGCGGACAUCGCUCACCACAAAAUCCGCAUUUUCCAAGCACCGCGCUAUGAGCUUGACGAUGACGAGACGACCGCAGAAAAUAAUGAAAUCAUGGGAAAGAUUCCCUUUGCUAUUGUUGGCUCCAAUUCGUUUGUGCAAAACGCCCAUGGUCAGCAGGUGCGUGGGCGUCAGUACCCAUGGGGAGUCAUCGAGGUAGACAAUGAAGAACACUGUGACUUUAGCAAGCUGCGACAGAUGCUCAUCAAGACGCACAUGGAGGAACUCAAGGAUACAUCGAGCGAAUCACUGUACGAAAAUUACCGAACAGAGAAGCUGUUGCAGAUGGGAGUCGCCCAAGACCAGUCUGUUUUCAAGGAAGUCUCGCCCGCCGCCAAGGCUGAGGAAGAGCGCAUGCUGCACGAGGCGAAGCUUGCCAAGAUGGAGAAUGAGAUGCGACUCGUCUUCCAGCAAAAGGUACAAGAAAAGGAAGCCAAGCUCAAGCAGUCGGAGGAGGAGCUGUAUGCUCGUCACAAGCAAAUGAAGGAAGAUCUCGAGAAGCAAAAGUUGGAGAUUGAGGAGCGCAAGCUGAGGCUGGAGCGCGGAGUUCCUGUCGAGGACAAGUCUGGCAAGCGCGGCAAAUUUUCUCUUGGCCGCUGAGUAUCUCGGUAGGCAGUCAUGUUCCUUAUAAGGCCUUCCUUGUUUUGGUCUGCUAUCAUUGCGUACUUCACACCGCGACACUUGUCUGCUAUUCUUCUGCACUCUUCCUCGCUUCUAGUUGCCGUGAAUCUGAUUUGUAAGAUCUCCCGCAGAUGCAUGUCGUCAUCUUUGAACAUUAUCUGCUCAGGCGCACCUGAAGAGUCUUGCUCGAGCAACACAUCCAUAUAAGCCGCCAAUCGCCACGCAAGUGUACCAAUUCUCAUAUGGAGACCUUGAGACGUAAUGAGCGACAUCUGCCUUCGUUCUGGAGUCCCAUACUCGCCGAGGAUCGGAAAAAAUGGUUCAAGAUGACUUCGCUCUUCAUGGUUCUGUUGACGGCCAUCAUCUUUGGAAUUCUGUCCAU